AUGGAUUCCGAUGUCGAUGAGAUCGAUGUCGAUGAUGACGAUGACGACGAUGCUGGCGUAUUCAGCAUCGCCAAUGACCGCCAAAGUGAGGACGAUGAUACGCUAACUGGUGAAGACAACAUUCCUUAA